AUGUACAAUUUAUUCAGUAGAAGUCCUCAAAGGUGGGAAAUUUUAAAACAACAUCUUCCUGUUUCGUUGCAUGGAAUGUCCAAAACAAGAUGGUCAGCACGGAUUGAUGGUGUUAAAUCAGUUGCACAACAUUUGAACUCAGUUAGAAGUGCUUUAAAUGAACUUGGGGUGCUACAUUUAACAGCCCAGGCUAAAAUGGAACUCAAUGCUAUUCAAAAGUAUAUUUCCAAAUUUGAUUGCAUUUUGAUGUCGUCUAUCUGGAUGAAGCUACUCACAAUGAUUCAUCAGACAAAUCUAAUUAUCGAAGCACGCCAUGCCACUCUUGAUAUUGAAAAGGAUAACAUUGAAAAUCUAUGUAAUGACAUUCAAAGGUUGCGUGAACAAUUUGAUAAGAUUUUAAAUGAGUCAAAAUUUGUUGCAAGAAAUAUUGGUGUUUCAUGUGAGUUUUUAACUAAUCGUCAUUUUCCAAGUCAAGAUGAUGCUGAGUUGUAUUAUAAAAUUAAUGUAUAUUUUGUCAUCAUUGACUCAAUUAAAUCUGGCCUCACGCAACGAUUUCAGUCUUUACAAGAAAUUUGUAAACUUUUUGGAUUUCUCUGUCAGUUUAAAAAUUUGAAUGACGAAGAUCUUGUAUUGGCUGCUCAACAUUUUCAGCACAAAUAUGACAAAGAAAUAUCACAAGAACUUGAAAAUGAUUUUAAAAGAAUCUAUUGUGCUAAUUUUAAACUAGACUGCACACCAAAAAAAUUGCUGGAAGAAAUACUUGGACUUGGUCUUUCAGGUGUCUUUCCAAACAUUACAAUUGCAUUACGAAUUUUUAUCAGCUUGCCUGCAUUGAUAGCUUCGGGCGAACGCACAUUGAAUGUUUUAAGGCAGAUAAAAAAUUAUCAUCGUUCAACUUUGGGACAGGAACGGUUGAAUGGACUUGCUAUGUUGAAUAUAAAUUGCGAUACUGCACGAAAACUAGAUUUAAAUUGCGAUACUGCACGAAAACUAGAUAAAAGCAAGAAAAGCGUUUGUAAAAAUUAA